UUCUCUUAGCAUAGAUAAAACCCAUUGCUAAAUUCAAGAGCAAAAGAAAAAAAAAAAUCAUCAUGACAACCCAAAUGAAAGAGCUUGAAGAUCCAAUGGCUCUAAUCACCCAAAUGUACCCUUGCAUAUACACUCAAGUUGCACCACAACAAGGGGAAAUAUCGAAGCCUCGACGACGACGGAAGAAGAACAAGGGAGGGGAAAGCGGGGCGGCAACCGCGGCGGAGACAGCUAAGAAAAGGAAGCUUAGCCAAGAACAAGUUGAUCUUCUUGAACUUAACUUUGGGAAUGAACAUAAACUCGAGUCCGAGAGGAAAGACCGACUCGCUUCAGAGCUCGGUCUGGACCCUCGGCAGGUCGCGGUUUGGUUCCAAAACCGAAGAGCUCGUUGGAAGAACAAGAAGCUCGAGGAAGAGUAUAGCAAGUUGAAGACAAUCCAUGAAGGUGUUGUUGUUGAGAAAUGUCGCCUUGAAUCCGAGGUUUUAAAGUUGAAGGACCAACUUCGAGAGGCUGAAAAGGAAAUCCAAGGAUUGACAGAACGAGUAGACGGGGUUUCGAGUAAUAGUCCGAGUUCGUCGUCGGUUCUUUCGAUGGAAGCCGUGGAUCCACCACCUUUCCUAGGGGAAUUUGGAGCACAAGGAUUUGAGGAUCAAGAUGUAUUCUAUAUAGGGCAAAAUAGUUACAUUAAUGGCAUGGAGUGGAUGAAUCUAUAUAUGUGACUUAACUUUAAUAUGUGUAGAUAAUUAUGAUAUUUAAAAAUAUAUCAAAUGUAAUGUAAUUAUAUCCUAAUUAACCUUAAAUUUAGAGAUUAAUGUUAUUAACUACUAUAUUAAGUAAACUUAGCUUUUGACUAGGAUGGUUGGGUGAA